AUGCGACUAUUCCCGCCGAGCCAUGAAGGUCGCCAUACGGCCUUUCCUGUUUUCCCUGCACCCUACGCGCCUACAUCGACAUCCCAAGCGGCAGGCCUUACAGGAGGUAUUUCGACCGUGGUGCCGUGCGCUUUGGCAAUCAACCAACUUUUUGGCCUGUGGAAGCCACAAGCAUCCACCUGGAGACGUUUCAAUGCUGUUUGCACGUACGGCUUCUUAGGCGUCGCCGGCUGCGCCAUCUUCCAUGAUUUCAUGAUACGCCAGAUUGCCGGCCGUCUUCUAGAAGACCAGGAAAUCGCGCCACGCCCGUGCAGAGCACUCGACCGCUUGGGUCACUUCGACGAAGACGACGCUUUGCUCACUGGUGCUGCGAUUGGAGUCGUCACAGCGUCCUUGCUUCCAAGACCAUGGGCUGUUGUGGGCUGGAGGCGGUGGAUCGGCGCAGUCUCAUACGGGUCAGGAGCUGGAUGGCUUGCCUUCAACAAACGGCGUGUAUUCCAAGUUGGUCGGCAAGGCUUCACAGACGACACGAACCGCAACUUUGUCCAGUACAUGAAGAACAGAGAGGAGUAUCAAGCGCUCAUCAAGGCGACCGACAUCGGCUUGAAAACAUUGGACGCGACCAAGCCCAGAUCACCCAGUCCUGCUACAACUGCCCAUUCCUCCGGUUUAGGUGGCCACCCUGCAACCCCUCAGACGACCAUUCCGGCGGGAGGUGGCAACGUUGUUCUUUCUACAACACCUCCAACACCAACCUCGGGCUGGACCAAGAUAGGCAUCGACGCUCGAAGCUGGACGAACGAAACCGACGAGCCUCAUCUUACGGCGAAACCGAAUCCACAAGCUGAGCCAGAGCCUUACGGUAACACGAACUAUCUCUGGGACAUUCGUUCGGCCGACAGCACUGCCAAGCUGAAGAGGCAUAUCGAGGCGAAGGUGGACACGGAAGCCAUCCGAAGUGUUCUUCGAGACGCAGAGGAGAGAAGCAAGAAUGCUUGA